AUGGAGAUGUUCAGAGAAGGAGGUUCUACAUCUCGACCCCCAAUGCUUGAAGGGGCAAAUUAUCCUUACUGGAAGACCAAAAUGCGUGCAUUCUUGAGAGCUGUAGAUGAACGAGUGUGGAUGGUUGUUGAAGAUGGAUGGAAGUGUCCAACUGUUGUUGAAGAUGAGGUUGUUAAGCCUAAGCAAAUGAGUCUGUGGACUACAGAAGAGAUGGAAAGGGCCAAUUUUAAUUCAAAGGCUAUGCAUGCUCUCUUUAAUGCAGUGUCUACAAAUCAGCUGAAAGUCAUAGCCAAUUGCGAAAUUGCCAAAGAAGCUUGGGAGAAACUGAGAAUAAAGAAUGAAGGAACUGAUGCUGUAAAGAAGUCCAGACUGAGGGCUUUGGCAAAAGCAUUUGAAAAUCUGUCUCUUGAGGAGGAAGAAACUGUAGCGGAGUUCCAUGCCAAAUUGUGCGAUAUCUCAAAUGAAUCUUAUGCACUUGGAAAGACUUAUUCAAAUGCAAAACUGGUUCGCAAGGUUCUUGGAGUUCUGCCUCGGAAGUUCAUGUCAAAAGUUACCUCUAUCGAAGAAAUGAGAAAUGUCGAGGAACUUAAUCUUGAUGAGUUGAUUGGGUCACUGCAGAACUAUGAAAUGAGUCUCACUCGGUGGAAGAAAGGCAAGAAGCAGAAAGAUCCUGCAAAAGAAAAAGCUAACAAUAGUCUUGCAUUUGUGCAUAAAGAGGAAAAGAAGUUGAUCUCAGAUGCAUCUGAGGGUUUCACUGAUGACACUUUAGCGCUGCUGACCCAGAAUUAUGCAAAGUUCUUGAAGAAGAAUUACAAGAAAAACUUUUCAGGAGGAAAAGAGAAUGGUCUCAGAAGAAACUUUGGUGGAAACAAUAAGCAAACUCAGCAAUUUGGCGACAAGAAAAACAGGGGAAUACGGUGUCGAGAAUAUGAUGGAUUUGGACAUAUUCAAGCUGAGUGUGCCAACACUCUUAAGAAGAAGAAAGCCUUAGCAGCUACAUGGAGUGAUAGUGAUGAAGAAAAGAGCUCCACUUCAAGUGACAAGUCUGAUGAAGAGAAACAGGUGGUGGCUUUUGUGGCAAAGAGUCAUCAAUCAAUGUGUUCAGAGGAAGACGAAAACUCAAGCUCAACAGAUGAGGACAGUGACGAGAGACAACAUGCAUACGAGGAGAUGUUCGCUCAAUGGGAGUAUAUGGCUAAACAAAUCAAAGGUCUCACUAGUGCCAAACAACAACUUGAAUAUGAGAAAAAUGAGUUGGAGAACACUGUUAAAAAGCUAACAAAACAGCUUGAUGAGAAGGACAGUGAGAUUUACAAACUGACUGCAGAGUUAAUAAGGGCUAAACAAUCUCUUGAGUUUAUCCCUCCAGGAACUGCUGCAAUUAACCACACCUUGCAGUUACAAAAACCUUAUGGAGAUCGAACAUCCAUUGGGUACAAAAUGCUUUACAAGAAAGGGGAGAAUUUAGGAAUUAAUGAUCCCUCUUCGUCCAAGAACAAGGAAGAUAAGACACCUGAUGACUUUGUGCACAAUACUUUCAGUCCUGGUUUUCCAGAUUCCACUAAAUGGAUCAGUGUCUCAUCUGGACCCAUCAAGUUGAAGUUCGAAGGAAGGAAGCCUAUCCUGGAUGGAAAUUUGUCAUCUAGUGAGUGGAAACCAAAAUCUGAUCUUAACAAGAAUGUCGCAUUAGUUUUCCACACCUCUCUUUCAGCUUUUCAAGAAGACCAAUGGUACUUCGACAUUGGAUGUUCUCGCCAUAUGACCGGCAACAGAAAUGUGUUGGUAAACUAUAAAGAAGGAAAGGGGGGAGCUGUGACUUUUGGUGAUGGGAACAAGGGUCAGAUAUUUGGAAAAGGUGAUCUGGUGCUAAAUGGAGUAGCUCCAUUGACUGAGGUGUUGUACGUCAAAGGUCUCAAGGCAAAUCUUAUUAGCAUCAGCCAACUCUGUGACAAUGACUUCACUAUAAGUUUCUCUAAAACUCACUGUCUUGUUGUAACUAAUGGGUGCUCAGUCUUGACAGGUAAUAGAACCAGCGACAACUGCUAUGCACUAAGCAAUCAAGUCUUAUGCAACAUAUCUUUUCUUGAUAAGCCAGAUCGGUGGCACUAUAGACUGGGGCACUUGAACUUUAGAGACUUGAAGAGGAUUGUGAAACUACAAGCUGUUCGAGGGAUCCCAGAGAUGAAAGUCACUAGUAUCAGGCUGUGUGGACCUUGCCAACUGGGAAAACAGACAAAGGCCUCCCAUCCUCCUGUAAACAUGCUUCUCACCUCUCGUGUGCUGGAGUUGAUUCAUGUGGAUUUAAUGGGACCCAUGCAGAAUGAAAGUCUAAGUGGUAAACGAUUUGUCAUGGUUCUUGUUGAUGAUUACUCUAGGUACACUUGGGUAGAUUUCCUCAAAGAAAAGUCAGACACUUUUGGUCUCUUUUCAACCUUAGUUCUCAGACUUCAAAAUGAAAAAGAAUCUAAAAUUGGGAAAGUCUAUCGACUUCGAAGUGACCAUGGAAAGGAGUUUGAAAACACUGUGUUUUCCGAUUUCUGCGAUCAGUUAGGAAUAAAACAUGAGUUUUCAGCUCCAAAAACACCUCAACAUAAUGGGGUUGUUGAAAGGAAGAACAGAACCCUGCAGGAAAUGGCUCGGGUAAUGAUGCAUGCUAAGAACAUUUCUAAGCGUUUUUGGGCUGAAGCAAUUAAUACAGCCUGUUAUAUCUACAAUCGGGUUCAUCUGCGAACUGGCACGACACAGACUGCCUAUGAGCUUUGGAAAGGAAGGACUCCUAAUGUCAGUCAUAUGCACAUUUUUGGAUUGGUUGAGUCCAUCAAUGUUCGAUUUGAUAACUUGGAAAAUUCUGAAGAACCAGUGGCAGAUGAUGAAACUCCAGUCUUAACUACACCUGUUCCAGUCACAGAAUCUCAACAUGCAAAACUGUAUAAAAAUGGACCCCCUGCCUGGAUUCAGAAGGCUCAUCCCCCUGAUAUUGUUAUUGGAAAUCCAAAUGCUACCAUGGUCACCAGAAGAAAAUUACAAAAUCUGAUUGCCUUCACUUGCUACUUAUCUCAGAUUGAGCCAAAAAGUGCCAAGGAUGCUCUUUUAGAUGAGUUCUGGCUUGCUGCCAUGCAAGAUGAACUGUUCCAAUUCAAACGAAAUGAUGUGUGGACCUUAGUACCCUUACCUGAAGGAGCUAAUGUUGUUGAACCUAAAUGGAUUUUCAAGAACAAAUCAGAUGAAUUUGGCACAAAUCAGAUGGAUUUGGCACUGUCAUCAGAAAUAAGGCAAGGUUAG